AUGUCCUGGAGCCAUUCCCAAGGCAUCAUUCGAUUGAUGCCCCUUCCCAUUUCCGUAUCAUCCUCAGGGAAUAAAAUUCUCCUCCUUUUUGUCCUCUCGAGGCGGGGAGACACCGACGCCUCCUCCAUUCCCAGAGUUCUCCGUGAGAUAGCAAAUGUGCCCGUUCCCCGGGUGUCCGCAUGGUCGUCGGAUUCUGCGAACCCGGUUGGAGCAGAGUAUAUUAUCGAGGGAAAGGCUCCCGGUAUCAGACGAUCUCCCACAACUCUUGCAGAGGAGACGACAACCUCCUGGCUGAUUCUUGUAGGGACUCAGCUAGAUCUUAAUUGCCUUGCAACUGAGCCUCUCACAAGAGCUGAACGGCGAAGCUCCGAGGAAUAUGCAAGAGCUAUGGGGAAGAAUGAAGUAGCUCGGAUCAAAGCAAACGCUCGUCCUCGCAUAAACGCCUAUGUGACUCUCAAAGACCCCGUGCUGCCAAAACAAGCUCUCUCGCUUCUAUCAAAAUAUCUGGACGCCACGCCUUAUCUUGGAUCUAACGACCCUGCAGCCGGCACAAGUGUCCUUUGGCAUCCAGAUUUACAUCUGGACAAUGUCUUCGUCGACCCAGUGAUGUGCAAAAUUGCUGUUGUGGUUUACUGA